AUGGCAGACUCAAAGAAAGACUCAGUCUCCCAACCAGCACCACCACCAAAUGAUGACACGAAAAAGGAAUCAGAAAGACCACUUCUCAAGAAAACCAAAAUCACAUCAUCAUCAAUAUCAGAUGACACCCACUUCCCUGGCCCACUAUUUCCUGCUGUUCGCCGAACUGCUGCUCCUCCACUAAUACCAACAUCCACUCACCACCACCUCCUCCACCCUCCAUCGUCCGAUCUCCGUCCCUCCAAAGAUUCAGUCUCCUCAAACAAUAACUUUAACAACAACAAUGCUAACGGUGCUCCUAUUAGCAUUGGUAUUAGUAGUAGUAAUAUUAAUAAUGAUAAUUCAAGCUUCUCGGUGGACAGGGACUGGAUGUAUCCCUCUUUUCUUGGGCCCCACGUGGCUAGGAAUCGGGUCACGGUGAAGGGUCGCCGUGGUAAUAACAAGGUGGCGGCGGAGGAGAAGCAUAACAGUACUGGGGCGGCGGCUUCUUGUAUGACUACUAGUGACACUGAUAAGGGGAAAGUGAAAGAGGAGAAAUUGUUGAAGGUAGAGAAUAAUAUUAGGGAAGUGACAACGGCUGCUACUGCCACUCAAGUUUCGGUGAAUCAGUCAGGUGUCAACAGAAGUCGAGGAUUCAAUUCUUCUUUCAUCUUUUAUUUGCUUAAUUUCACUUGUAUAUUAUCGGUGUGUUAUUCAAUUUACUUGAAGAAUGAAGUUGCGAAACUAGAGGAAGAGAAUAUUAGCCUCCGUACAGUGUGUAGCGAUAAAGGUGGUGUUGAUAAUGACAGCAUCGAAGUUUUGCAGGCUGAAGAUUAUAGUUCAUUUUAUUUCGGAAAUGCUGACAGUAGAACUGUUGCUUUGUACACUGUGGUAUUCACACUCAUCAUGCCAUUUGUGGUGCACAAAUAUCUUGAUUAUUUUCCCCAAAUAAAGACACUCUCGAAAAGAACAACGAAUAACAAUGAGGAGGCUCCCCUGAAGAAGAGAGUUGCAUAUAUGGUGGACGUCUGCUUCUCUGGUUAUCCUUAUGCAAAGCUCCUUGCACUGCUCUUUGCGACCAUCUUUCUUAUAGGAUUUGGUGGGUUAGCACUGUAUGCUGUCAGUGAUGGUAGCUUGGCCGAAGCUCUUUGGCUUUCAUGGACAUUCGUAGCUGAUUCAGGAAAUCAUGCUGAUAGGGUUGGCACUGGGCCAAGAAUUGUUUCUGUCUCUAUAAGUUCAGGAGGCAUGCUUAUAUUUGCCAUGAUGCUUGGACUUGUCUCGGAUGCUAUCUCAGAAAAGGUAGAUUCGCUGCGGAAAGGAAAGAGCGAAGUAAUUGAAAAGAACCAUAUACUAAUUCUUGGAUGGAGUGACAAAUUGGGCUCACUUUUGAAGCAGCUAGCAAUAGCAAACAAGAGUAUUGGUGGCGGUGUUAUAGUUGUACUAGCAGAGAGAGACAAGGAAGAAAUGGAGAUGGAUAUAGCAAAGCUUGAAUUUGACUUUAUGGGCACUUCUGUUAUAUGCAGAAGUGGUAGUCCUCUUAUCCUUGCUGACUUAAAGAAAGUUUCAGUAUCAAAGGCACGUGCUAUCAUUGUAUUAGCAUCUGAUGAGAAUGCAGAUCAGAGUGAUGCGCGUGCCUUAAGGGUUGUUCUCAGCUUAACAGGAGUUAAAGAGGGUUUGAAGGGUCAUGUUGUUGUAGAGAUGAGCGACCUUGACAAUGAACCUCUAGUGAAGCUUGUUGGAGGGGAGCUCAUUGAAACAGUUGUUGCACAUGAUGUGAUUGGACGCUUGAUGAUUCAGUGUGCUCUACAGCCAGGACUUGCACAGAUAUGGGAAGAUAUACUGGGGUUUGAGAAUGCAGAAUUUUACAUCAAAAGGUGGCCUCAAUUGGAUGGUCUGCGUUUUCAAGACGUGCUCAUUUCAUUUCCUGAAGCAGUUCCCUGUGGAGUUAAGGUUGCGGCUGAAGGUGGAAAGAUAAAAUUAAAUCCUGAUGACAACUAUGUUCUAAAAGAAGGAGAUGAAGUCCUUGUUAUGGCUGAGGAUGAUGACACCUACGCUCCAGGUCCUCUUCCAGAGAUACGUCAGAGUUCUUGUCCAAAAAUAGUAGAUCCUCCUAAAUAUCCAGAGAAGAUAUUGUUCUGUGGCUGGCGACGUGACAUUGAUGACAUGAUAAUGGUUCUGGAAGCCUUACUUGCUCCAGGUUCAGAACUGUGGAUGUUCAAUGAGGUCCCAGAAAAGGAGAGAGAAAAGAAACUUACUGAUGGUGGACUUGAUAUUCCUGGCUUAGAGAACAUAACACUUGUCCACCGUGAGGGAAAUGCUGUCAUCAAACGGCAUUUGGAGAGCCUUCCUCUUGAGACUUUUGAUUCUAUAUUAAUUCUUGCAGAUGAGUCAUUGGAAGAUUCCAUUGUGCAUUCCGACUCAAGAUCUCUCGCCACCCUUCUCCUUAUUCGAGAUAUACAGUUAAAGCGUCUCCCUUACAGAGAUGAAAAGCCAACUUCUUUACGGCUUGCUGGGUUCUCUCACAGCUCAUGGAUCAGUGAAAUGCAACAAGCUUCUGACAAAUCAAUAAUUAUUAGUGAAAUCUUAGAUUCUAGGACUAGAAACCUUGUCUCCGUGUCUAGAAUCAGUGAUUAUGUGCUGUCAAAUGAGCUGGUAAGUAUGGCACUCGCAAUGGUAGCUGAAGACAAGCAAAUAAAUCGUGUUCUUGAGGAACUGUUCGCAGAGGAGGGCAAUGAGAUGUGCAUUAAACCAGCAGAAUUUUACCUAUUUGAUCAGGAAGAGAUCCCUUUUUUUGAGAUAAUGACUAGGGGUCGUCAAAGAAAUGAAAUUGUGAUUGGUUAUCGCCUUGCUAAUGCAGAGCGUGCCAUCAUUAACCCUCCUGAAAAGUCAGAACCAAGAAAAUGGUCCCUUGAUGAUGCUUUUGGUAGCUUGAGAAGGCAUGAAGAGCAUGGGCGAAAGAAGGGGGAGAUUUUGGCAAUUGAACAUUUCAACAAGAAGGCAGCGCUGUUGACUGCAAGUCUGUAA